AAAAAAUGGUUGAUGUUUAAUUCAAUUUUGUCGAGUUCUAUUCGGAUUAUUUUCUUGAUUCAGUUGCUUCUCAUCACUUGGUGUGUGUUUGUUUCGAUUGAUUUUUAAUUCCUUGUUUUAAAUCAUUGGUAAUUUAACACAAUUACCUAUUUAUAACUUUCUCAAAUUUUGGAUCCACUAAUUAGUUAAUCAACUGUGAUUUACUUUGUCUGUUACUGUUAUUGUAUUCAUCUUUUAAUCAUUUGUAAUCAAAGUUUUUACACUUUUGCUAAAUUGUGAUCAAGUAAAUUGAAAGAGCAAAUCUUUUUCCCAUUUGUGUUUUUUUCAUCUCUGGAUUGACAACUUUCACCAUUCAUACAGUUUAUUGAUUGUUAUAUUAUCUCCUAUUCAAUCAGAACAAUUAAUCGAUUCCGUAACAAUUAAGAUGGACACUUUCUCUGAAUCAGAGAUUGCAAGGUUUUACAAUGGACGAAGUGUUUUCAUCACUGGAGCCACAGGAUUCAUGGGAAAGGUUCUGGUGGAGAAAUUGCUUCGAUCUUGCCCUGGAAUUAAGACAUUGUACCUUUUGCUUCGUAACAAAAAAGGCCUCGCUCCUCGACAGCGACUCGAACAGCUCGUAAAUGACCGGGCUUUCGAGCGGGUUCGAGAAGAGAAUCCAAAAGCGCUCAACAAAAUCAUCGCCAUCGAAGGCGAUAUUACCAUUGAUGGUUUGGGAAUAUCACAAAAUGAUUUAAAUCAAUUAGUCAAAAAUGUCACCGUUAUCUUUCAUUCAGCAGCAACAAUUAAAUUCGAGGAACCAUUAAGAGUUGCUGUUAAUUACAAUAUGCUUGGUACCAGACGAGUUAUUAAAUUGGCUCAUCAAAUCCCACAAUUAGCGGCCUUGGUUCAUGUGUCAACUGCUUACGCUAAUUGUGAUCGACAAAAAAUCGAUGAGGUCAUUUACGAUCCGAAAAUAACACCCCAACAGCUGAUCGAUGCAACUGAAUGGAUGAGUGAUGAAAUGAUUGAAAACAUUUUACCCAAGCUCUUGGGCGCUCGGCCAAACACUUACACAUUGACCAAAGCACUGGCCGAGUCUAUGAUCAUGGAGGAAUGUGGUUCUAUUCCAGUGGCCAUUGUCCGUCCAUCUAUUGUUACCGCUGCUCGUCGUGAACCUUAUCCAGGUUGGGUUGAUAAUAUUAACAAUGUAACCGGAAUCUUUUUGGCCUCAUGUAAAGGUGUCCUCAGGUCACUUUACCUUGACUCAGCCGCUGUUUUGGACAUUAUUCCAGUGGACAUUGUAAUUAAUCUGAUGAUUUCGGUGGCCUGGAACACGGCAACAAAGCCACACAAUAGUAUUCUUAUUUACAACUGUUCCUCUGGUGUGGUCAAUCCAAUCACCAUUGGUGACAUUGAGAAACACACUUUCCCCUUGGCCAUUAAAUAUCCUUGCUCAGAGCACUUUCGAUACCCUGGACUGACCAUCAGGUCAAAUCGUUUUCUUCACAAUAUUUUUGUCCUUCUUGACCAUUACAUGCCAGCUUACAUCUUUGACACAAUCAGCUCACUUACUGGAGGAAACAGAAUGAUGGUCAGACUUUAUGAUAAACUUCACAAGGCAACUGAACAAUUAGUUUUCUUUGCAACUCGUCAAUGGCAGUUCAAAUCAACAAACAUCGUUGACCUCAAAGAACAACAAUCAGAAUUUGAUCGAAAGACAUUUUGUUUCGAUGUAAAACAAAUCCAUUGGCCUCAAUACCUCGAAGAUUAUUAUCUUGGUAUAAGACGAUACAUAUUGAAAGAGGACAACGCAACAAUACCCGCAGCCAGGAAAAACUUAAAAAGGCUUUACUUUACCAAUAAAUCGAUCGAGUUUCUGAUCUUUUUUGGACUGUUGAACGCUUUCAUGUAUCGAACUGGUGCUGGUUCCUAUAUCUGGUCAUCGGCGAAAAGUAAACUACUCGACUUUGUACAAUCUCAAAUAUAAGAAGAAAAUUAAUCUGUAACAAUCAAUUUGUCGAAACAAUCACGGUGACAAUUAAAACGCCGUUAGAACAACAAUCAACUCUUUAAACACGAACACACAACGUACACAAUUGCGACAACAAAGUACCAAUAAUGAGAAAUUAACAAAUUAACUUUUACAAAUUGCUACAAUCUCGUUAAUCAACAAUCAAUUAUCAUCAUCAUCUUAAUCAUCUCCAUCUCCAUCAUCAUCUUCAUCACUUUCUUUGAUUAAUUAAAAUCAACUUUAACCCUUUCUUUCAAUUUAAACUUUUCCACACAAAAACAACAACAACUUGUAAAUGAUUUAAUCAAAUCAAGUUAAUUAAUUUGAUUAACUUUUUUUUUUCUCUCUCUCUCUCUUAAUUAUUGACUUUUUCUUUCUAAUUCUUUCCAUUUUCCAACAAUUAAAU